AUGCUUGGGUAUGUUUUGGUAGGCAAUGACAUAGAAUCAGAGUUGUAUGUCCGUAUGAAGAAAAAGGCAUGUGAUAAGAUAGGAAUUGAAUAUAUCGGUCAUUCUCUUGAUAAAAGCGUGUCUCAAGAGCAACUGAGUCACUAUGUUCAGGAACUUUAGAAUAACUAGAGAAUCAAUGGGAUACUGGUGUAACUACCUCUUCCUGAUCACAUCAAUGAAAAUUAGAUCUUAGAUAUAAUCUCACCACUCAAAGAUGUUGAUGGAAUUUGCCCCUAUAAUAUCGGUCUUGCUUUGAAAAAAAGAGUUCCCUAUUACACCUCAUGUACACCACUUGGAGUUCUUAAGCUUAUCCAAUCUGUGUGUCCAGACCUUAAGGGAAAGAGAGUAACAGUUUGCGGGAGAAGUAAUAUUGUUGGAUUGCCUCUAUCUUUACUUUUAAAUAAAUAGGAUGCUACUGUUUCUAUUUGUCAUUCUUUAACCCCUAAUAUUCAGGAUUAUAUUAAAAAUGCUGACAUAGUUGUGACAGCAGUUGGAGAUCCCAAAUUUUUUAAAGGUGAGUGGUUUAAAGAAGGAGCUAUUGCAAUAGAUGUGGGCAUAAAUUAAAUAUAAGGAAAAAACAUGAAUGGAGAAAUAGUUAAAAGAAUAGUAGGAGAUAUUGAUUUUGACAAUGCAAUUGAAAGAUGCUCUUAUAUUACCCCAGUUCCAGGUGGUGUUGGACCAAUGACUAUAGCUAUGCUUAUGAAUAAUAUAGUAGAAAGUUGGGAAAGAAUGAACUUUUGA